AAAAUAAAAACCGUACGUCGUGACGUCACACGCCACUUAAGAGACGCGACCGGACCGCGAGUUCGCUCCCGCAGUCCGAGAGAGGCUGCGACACGCCGCGGGCAGACGUGGACGUCCGCCGCGGGCCGAAGACUCCUGCGGCGGAACCCAAGAGGAUGGGCCCCGCGUGCCGCUUUCUGAGGAGAUGUCUCUGGGUCGGCUCCUGCGGCGCGCCUCCUCCAAGGCCUCCGACCUCCUGACCUUUAACCCCGGCGGGGCGGGCGCGACGCCGCGCUCGGGCAUCGACGGCGAGAUCGUUUACUCCAAAAACAACGUGUGCGUGCACCCCGCCGAGCCGCUGCCCGGCCUGGCGGAGCACCACCCGGGCUACCUCUGCGUGCACGCGGAGAAGGACGAGAGCCUGGGCACCACCCUCAUUCUGACCUGGGUGCCCAACUCGCGCAUCCACAAGCAGGACGAAGAGGCCAUGCGCUACGUCACGCCCGAGAGCUCGCCCGUGCGACGGAGCGCGCGCCGCGGAGGCCGACGGCGGGUCUCGCGCCCCCCCGCCGCACAAGCGGAAGACGAGGAGAGCAACGUCACGGGCGGCUCCCCCGCCGCCGACGAGGCGGACGAGGGCUCGUGUCCGCUGUCGGACGAAGUGAGCCGCGACAGCGCCACGGGCUCCGACUCGGACACCUUCUCCUCGCCCUUCUGCCUGUCGCCCGUCAGCGAGGCGCUCUGCGAGAGCGGCGGCUCCGUCUUCUUGGAUGACGACGACGACGGCGGCGGCGGCAGGGAACCGUCCGAGGAGUCGAGGCGCCUCUCGACGAGCUCCGCCUCCAGCCCGGAGAGCAACGGCCAGUCGCGGGGCGCUCGGUGGGAGGAGCAACAGAAGGCGCUGGCGCUGGAGCAGCUGUGCGCCGUGUUCCGGGUGGACCUGGGUCACAUGAGGUCGCUGCGGCUCUUCUUCAGUGACGACGCCCGCGCCAGCGGCCAGCUGGUGAUCGCCAGCCGAGAGAGCCAGUACAAGAUUCUCCACUUCCACCACGCCGGCCUGGACAAGCUGGCCGAGGUUUUCCGCCAGUGGAAGUGCUGCAGGGAGAUGCGACUCAAGGACCAGGCGUCGCACGAGAAGACCUGCGUGCAGUUUUCCAUCCAGAGGUCGGCGCCGCCGUCGGCCGAGGGCCACCCCGAGGAGAAGCUGUACCGGAGGCUGGACGUCGCCACCUGGCUACGACACCUCAACGACGACGGCCAGGUGGAGGAGGAGUACAAACUGCGCAAGGCCAUCUUCUUCGGGGGCAUCGACCCGUCCAUCCGUGGCGAGGUGUGGCCCUUCCUGUUGCACUACUACACCUACGAGUCCACCUCGCAGGAGAGGGAGGCGUGGCGGCUACAGAAGCGGGUGCGCUACCACGACGUCCAGCAGAGGAGAUUAUCCAUGAGCCCCGAGGAGCACAGCGAGUUCUGGAGGAAGGUCCAGUUCACCGUGGACAAGGACGUGGUGAGGACAGACCGCAACAACCAGUUCUUCAGAGGCGACAACAACCCCAAUGUGGAGAGGAUGAGGCGAAUCCUGCUCAACUACGCCGUGUUCAACCCCGACAUGGGCUACUGCCAGGGCAUGUCGGACCUGGUGGCGCCGCUCCUGACCGAGAUCCGGGACGAAAGCGACACCUUCUGGUGCUUCGUGGGCCUCAUGGAGAACACCAUCUUCAUCAGCUCGCCGCGGGACGAGGACAUGGAGCGGCAGCUGAUGUACCUGCGGGAGCUGCUGCGCCUCAUGCUGCCCGACUUCCACCGGCACCUGACGGCGCUGGGCGAGGACGGCCUUCAGCUGCUCUUCUGCCACCGCUGGAUCCUGCUGUGCUUCAAGCGCGAGUUCCCCGACACGGAGGCUCUGCGCAUGUGGGAGGCCUGCUGGGCCCACUACCAGACGGAUUACUUCCACCUGUUCCUGUGCGUGGCCAUCAUCGUCGUGUACGGCGACGACGUGAGCGAUCGGCGGCUGCCCACCGACCAAAUGCUGCUGCACUUCAGCAACUUGUCCAUGCACAUGAACGGCGAGCUGGUCCUGCGCAAGGUGACUCCUUCCCGCACGCAGCCUCCUCUACCAGUUCCGCCUCCUACCCAGAAUCCCGUGCAGCCUCCACGACCUGUGCAAACUGUGCGGGCCCGGCAUGUGGGACAGCCGCUACAUCCCCGCCGUGGAGUGUUCCGGCGAGCAUCCGGACUCUCAGAGCUGCCCUUACGGAGGCACGUCCACGCCGCGGCCGUCCCCGUCCCCGUCCUCGCCAUCGCCCUCGCCGACCCGCACGCCCGACCCCUCGGGGGCCGCCGACUCUCGGGAGAGUUUCACCUUCGGGGAGCAGUCGUGAAGAAGAGCCGAGAUCUGCCGGAUUUUGCCGUCUCAUCGCGUGGAACCGGAGGCUGCCAUUAUGUCACCUUUCCGCCGUCUUGCAGUUUUCCUCCACCCUUCCACUUUCCUCCCGCCGACGGUGUAAACGCUCCCACGCGACGACGGGAAGACGACGUCAGACCCGGACGGACGCCCACGUGGGACUUUGCGCGCCAGGACUGUGUUUUGUGUCAACACGCCGCAGGGACCUGCUUGGUCGUCACGCAACAGGGGAAGCUCGAGUACCUGGUGAAGUGGCGGGGGUGGUCUCCCAAAUACAACACGUGGGAGCCAGAAGAGAACAUCCUUGACCCGCGUCUCCUCGUGGCCUUUCAGUACAGGGAGAGGCAGGAGCAGCUGAUGGGAUAUCGAAAACGGGGGCCCAAACCAAAACAUCUUCUGCUGCAGGUGCCCUCGUUUGCUCGGAGAUCGAGUGUCCCCGCGGGCUUCGAGGGAUCCCCCCCGGACGCGGAAGACGGCCCAAAGUCGGACAGCGUCCCGGUCCGGCGCUCCCGCCCCCACCACUACCAGCUGAACAGCAAGAAGCACCACCAGUACCGGCCCAGCGACCGGGAAGUGCCCGUCGAGCAGCUGGCCAACACCAAGAAGAAGUACGUCUACCAGCUGAACAGCAAGAAGCACCACCACUACGAGCCGGACCCCGCUAUGUACGACGCUCAGGCUUCCGGGCUGAAGAAAGUGCUCAGAGUCCAGGAAGCGGCCGGCAAACCCGCCAACCCCGGCUGGAACCCGCCUCUGGCGCUCCAGCAGAAGUGGCUUCGGGACAAAGACACGGGCUGCUUGAGCAAAGUGAAAGAACUGGCCGCGGAGGUACGAAAAGACGCGGAGAGCGAACGGGCUCUGAAGCCGAACCCCAAGGACGCCGCCCUGCCCGCUUCGGGCGGCGGCAAAAUGAAGAUCAUCAAGAACAAAAACAAGAACGGACGAAUUGUUAUCGUCAUGAGCAAGUACAUGGACGGCAAUAAAGUUCACGGGACCAAGGGCAAACCCGGGGCAUCGUCGAGCGCAAACAAUCCGGCGCACGCCAGCAAAAGGCUGGAGGACGGCCUUGGCAAAGAGGUCUGCGGGGGCACCCACAAGUGCUCCUCCAAGGACGGGCAUUUCUUCAAGCCUUCGCCGAGCACGGCCGAGGAGUACAACACGGAGGUGGCCCGGGGUCAGGCCGACUUACCCGACGAUCUGCCGCUCCGGCUGACGGCCAGCUCGCCUCCCGCGUCUUGGCCGGCCGACGGCGCCGUGGCCGCGCCCGCCCCGCCGGACCCCAUCAGGAUCCCGUCCUACCCCGCCGGCCGGAAGGGGAAACUCUGCGACUGUGACCCCGCGGACCGGCGCGGGCUUUCCCAGACUUCGCUGACUUCCGUUUCCGUUUCCAGCGCCGUCCGGCUCAGUCCGCCUCAGGACAAGCCCGUGGACCUCCACUGCGCCGGGGGCGUCCGAACGCGCGCGUGCGACGGCCAGGAGGAGCCCAUGGAUCUGAGCCGCCCGAAGGCCGACGGGCGGACGUGCGCGCAGACCCGAGCCGGAGCCGCCGGCCGGGACACGCGGCAGACGGCCGAAAAGAGCCGCUCUCCUUUCGUGGGAAAUCUCCUCAUCACUGACGUGACAACAAACAGUGUGACGGUCACCUUCAAGGAGUACGUUUCCUUCCAGGGGGGCCGCUGACCCCUGCGGACUGUGGAAAAAGGCGGACAUUUUGUACACAUGCAAAGUUCUAAUUUAUCAUUCAAAUGGAAUAUGUUUCUUACAUUGUUUUAUACUGUAACUCCGAAACGUAGCCCCCAAGCGGUACGGACGCGAGCUUUAGCGCAAUUUUGCAUCGACGAGGUGGACCUGUUGGGCGUUCGGCAGGAACUGGGCCGAGGUCAAAGGGCAAUUUCACAGAAUUUCAUUUCCUCUCAUUUUCACCCAUCGCUUGUCUUCAAACUGCCGCCGUCUUUGGACCCCGCUCAGGCUUCACGGAGUGUGCGGGAUGGCGAGUGGCUUCGUCGUGCGUGGAAGUGACGUUUUGCCCGUUCGUUUGUCGCCCAAAUGCAGCCAAACGUUCAUCCCGCCCGUCGUUGUUCGGCGCACUUUCGCCGUCUUGCAAUUCAAUUGCGAUGCGGACGGACGGCGUUUUAGGCAGGAUCCAUCUCAGCUGCCGUUAGUCGGGGAUCGCCGAUUCCCCCGCCGGAUUUGCUUUUCCGCGUCCGCUUCAGCAAUGUAUCGCGAGCGCCGGCUGUUUCGUUUUAUGCCGCCGAGAACGCAAAAGUCGAGUCUGCCGGGCGACGAACGGCGCCGAUCGUCACACUGGAUGCAAAACCAGUUGAGGAAGGCUAAAAAUCCUGCCAGAAUGAAACGAGCGUAUUUAUUGAAUGUCGCGGAAGAAGCUGCACGUGAUCUUUGAACAAAUGUUUAAAUGUGUCCUGUUGCCAAUUUGGGUUCUCACCGUCUUUUUUUGUUUGUUUUGCUUUGAUUUCUUGCACACGGUUAGUUAGAAAAGACGGUCUGGAAGUCGGUGAGGGAGUCUUUCAGUUUCCUGCUGUUGGCGCAGUUUCACAAUAAAGCAAGAGAAGUUCCGAGUAA